GUACGUGUUUUCGAUAAAUAGUUCUAUCUAGAUCUAGACUCUAGACUAGAUCUAUAUCUAGACUCUCUAGAUUCUAGAUCUAGAUAUAUAGACUCAAGACCUAUCUAGAACAGUCGAGUUCUAGAACCAUUAUUGUAACAUCCAAAGUUAAUUAAGGGAUUGGGGGCUUUAUAGAAAUGCAGAAAUAUGAAAAACUUGAGAAAAUUGGAGAAGGCACAUAUGGUACAGUUUUCAAAGCAAAAAAUCGUGAAACCUUAGAAAUAGUAGCAUUAAAACGUGUAAGACUGGAUGAUGAUGAUGAGGGUGUCCCUAGUUCAGCUUUAAGAGAAAUUUGCUUGUUAAAAGAAUUAAAGCAUAAAAAUGUUGUCAGACUCCAUGAUGUUGUACAUAGUGAAAGAAAGUUGACUCUUGUCUUUGAGUACUGUGAUCAAGACCUCAAGAAGUAUUUUGAUGCCUGCAAUGGAGAAAUAGACCCAGAUGUUGUGAAGUCUUUCAUGUGCCAGUUGCUAAGAGGAAUAGCAUUUUGUCACAGUAAUAAUGUUCUACACCGAGAUCUGAAGCCUCAAAAUCUUUUAAUUAACAAGAAUGGGGAAUUGAAGCUUGGAGACUUUGGGCUUGCUCGAGCUUUUGGCUUUCCUGUCAGAUUUUAUUCUGCAGAGGUCGUCACUCUGUGGUAUCGCCCACCCGAUGUCUUAUUUGGUGCUAAAAUGUAUUCAACUUCUAUAGACAUGUGGUCAGCUGGCUGCAUUUUUGCAGAGCUGGCGAAUGCUGGGCGGCCACUAUUCCCUGGCAAUGAUGACGAUGACCAGCUAAAAAGAAUUUUCAAACUCUUAGGCACCCCAACUGAAGAAACCUGGCCAAAUAUGGCACUUCUGCCUAACUACAGGCCAUUUCCUAUGUAUCAUGUGAGUACCACAUGGCAACAGGUUGUUCCAAAACUCAAUUCUAAAGGCAGAGAUUUGUUGCAGAAACUGUUGGUUUGUUUUCCCCCGAACCGUUUAUCAGCUGAAGACAGCCUCCAGCAUCCAUACUUUAGUGACGUAAACCCCAGCAUGAAGUGAGGGGGCUAAUAAGGAGUCAAAUCACAUUUCCACUCAGAGAGAUAUUUGCUGUUGUCUAAAUCCAUCUGGUCCAUUCAAGAGAGAUAUUUGCAGUUGUCUAAAUCCAUCUGGUCCAUUCAAGAGAGAUAUUUGCAGUUGUCUAAAUCCAUCCGGUCCAUUCAAGAGAGAUAUUUGCAGUUGUCUAAAUCCAUCUGGUCCAUUCAAGAGAGAUAUUAGCUGUUGUGUGCACAUCCAGUGAUCUCAUCCCUUUGUUCUUAUUAACCCCUCUGCCUGUCCAUAGUCAUUCCUUGAAAAACUAGAUCUUAAUUCUGCAUUUCCUCAUCUGAACAAGUAUAAAGGGAAGUUAAUCAUUUAUUUGAUCAGAAAGUUAAAGCACUCAUUGGAUGUGGCAGAUUACCAAAGAAAAGAAAAAAAAAUCAUACUAUUGAUUUGAAUUUUUUUUAUAACUACCGAUAUUAUGGUACUGGUACUUUAAAUGUAAAACUAUCGAAACUCUUAGGCUAAAAUAUUCAUCAGCCCUGAGUGUAUUAUUACACCUCAAUACAUUCCUAUCUCUUUCGCUAGUGAGAAGAAUGUGUCUCAAAAUUCAGGUUUAGAAACUCAGAAUGCCAGCCACUUAAAAAGAAUAAUCUUUAAUUUUCUUCACGUCUGUUUCACUCUGUGAAAAAUUAUUUGCUUAUUGAUGUCUUUGUUGUGGCAAUGCUGAGCAAAUGAUAGAAAGUAUUUGUAUGAGAAACAUAUUAUCUCUACUAUGUUUUGAGUUUCAACAAAUAGUUUUCUGAUUCUGGGUGUGUUUUUUUUUUCUUUUUCUUUUAGAGAAUUGACAUAUUAGGUGUAGAGCAAUAUAAAAUAUUUCAUCAAAAUUAGCUUCUAUUUCUUUUACUAUUCUUUACUGUUAAAGCAAUAAAUACUGUUUAACACUUGAGGAAUUAUUCAAAUCCUAGUAAAUCUUUGCACAAUCAAAUUGAGAUUCCAAAGAUUCUGUUUGUCCUAGUACAUAGUCAGCUCACAAACAUUGGUUUUCUAGAACCCUUAAAUGUGAAAAUCUAUGCUAAUUUUCUUUAAGUCUAUGUCAAUUUACAUUCAAAUCAAAAUUCUUAUCCAAAAUGUUUUUUUUAUUCAGUAAAUAUUGUAGCAAGGAAAAUUAAAAUAUGUAUAAUUUGUUUAGAAGCGUCAAAUUGUUUAUUUCUAUUUUGCCCCAAAGAAGUGAGGUAUAAAUUAGUCUAUCAGAUUGGUGUACAUAUUUUAAAAGUGUUGUAAACAUUUUCUGAAUGUUACUGUAAUGUAAUGAUGGUAACUGAACUUGAAGAAUGGUUUUAAAAUGAAUGAAUCCUAUAUAAAAGCUCUAUAGUUAGCUUUAAUCAGAUGCUAUUAAAUAUAUAUAAUAGAAUGUGUAAAUUUGACCAAGAUUAUGUUUUGUGAUGAUAUAAAUAUCUAAGCUAAGAUCUUUUUUUUUCUCUUACUUCAUUUGGAUGUUUUGAUUUCAACUAUUGACUCAUCUGUUCAUUCAGUUUUGUGUGGGGCUGGACAUUGAUAGAGUGUUUAUCAAUGUUCUUAGAAGGACUAACUUAUGUGCAAUUUAUUUAUAUUCAUGUCACACUUUCUUCUUUGUCUGUUCAGUGUAGUGAUUCAUUUUUUCUUGUGUUUCUUAGAGUCAAUUUUUUAGUUCAUUAUUUCAAAUGUAAAUUUGUUCAAAACAUAGAAAAUGAGGAGACAUUAAACAGGUGAAAUCGA